AGCCAGACAUUGCAGGGGUCCUUGGUGAGUGCCUUGUUCCUGUUGGAGAGCCCAGUGUCCCUCUCUGUGCGCUGACUCUGAGCUCCUUUCAGACCUGGGACACGGACCUGGAGGUUGAUGCUCAAGAGCAUGCAGAGAAGUGCAGCUGGACCCAGAACGGGGGCCCAGGCAGGUUAAACCUCUUUGCAACAGCUUCAGCCCUGGAUGUAGAACUGGCCAUGGAAGAAUGGAACGGGGAGAGGAAAUUCUACAACUCGACAACAUCCACGUGUGUCCCUGGGCAGACGUGUGACAACUACACCCAGGUGGUCUGGGCAGAAACAACUCGCAUUGGCUGUGGGAGCAGUUUUUGUAAGAAGAGCCAUGGAAUCGAAACAGAAAAUGUACAUCUGCUUGUUUGCAGCUAUUAUCCUCCGGGUAACAUGAAAGGCAAAAAGCCCUACCAGGAAGGACCCUCGUGUGAAAUGUGCCCCACGGACACAGUCUGUGUGAACAACCUGUGUGAAGAACUGGAGACAAACCAUGACCAGACAAGUGUGGAUCCACCCAAAGGAGGAGCCCCCAGUACCUGCUUGGGUCUUUCCCUCUUCCUCCUCCCCAGUGCCAUCCUGCUGGGCCUUCUGCUCUGAAGGGUCUUCCUCAGCUGUCCCUGCACCUCUCACCAAGGCUUUGUCAGUGCUGGUUGUUCCACAGCCCUGGCAGGCUCAGGAGACUCCUUGGACAAUUCACACGCUCCCUCCUCACGCUGCCUUCUGUGCUGCAGCCCCGGCGAGCCAAGGGCAGCCAUCAGUGCUGGGGGAACUCUGUCCCCUUCCUGAGCAGACCUGAGGGCAGGAGGGUGUUACAGUGCACUCAGGAUAUGCUUUUUCCCAUUUCCAGGCACCCCUGUGACUGGCAUCAGAUAAGCCUGGUCCUUUCCUUCCUGCUCUGAAGGGGUUGGUGGAGAGCCAUAAAACCCUCCCUGUCCAGAGCCUAGAUAAGUCCAUGACCCUUCCUGUCGCUCGCUUUCCCCCCUGAUCUCAUGGAAUAAAGAAGCUGGACAACUA